AUGCCACUGAUGAUGACCUCCUCUCUGCCAUCCCAUGUGCUACCACCCUCUCUGCCAUCUCAUGUGCUCACCACCCUCUUUGCCAUGUCAUGUGCUCACCACCCUCUCUGCCAUGUCAUGUGCUCACCACCCUCUCUGUCAUCUCAUGUGCGCACCACCCUCUCUGCCAUCUCAUGUGCUCACCACCCUCUCUGCCAUGUCAUGUGCUCACCACCCUCUCUGUCAUCUCAUGUGCGCACCACCCUCUCUGCCAUCUCAUGUGCUCACCACCCUCUCUGCCAUGUCAUGUGCUCACCACCCUCUCUGCCAUCUCAUGUGCGCACCACCCUCUCUGCCAUCUCAUGUGCUCACCACCCUCUCUGCCAUGUCAUGUGCUCACCACCCUCUCUGCCAUCUCAUGUGCUCACCACCCUCUCUGCCAUCUCAUGUGCUCACCACCCUCUCUGCCAUCUCAUGUGCUCACCACCCUCUCUGCCAUCUCAUGUGCUCACCACCCUCUCUGCCUUAUCAUGCCUACCCGUGCUGAUUUUUGUGGUUGCGGACAAGCUCGGGGACCUCCAGCUGAGCGCCAUUCGAGCAUACCUCGAAUGCCACGAACAAUCAGAAUUUUCUAUCCCACUGCCAUCAUCAACAUCCCUGCCCUCCCAUGCCAUCAUCAACAUAUCUGCCCUCCCAUGCCAUCAUCAACAUAUCUGCCCUCCCAUGCCAUCAUCAACAUCCCUGCCCUCCCAUGCCAUCAUCAACAUCCCUGCCCUCCCAUGCCAUCAUCGACAUAUCUGCCCUCCCAUGCCAUCAUCAACAUAUCUACCCUCCCAUGCCAUCAUCAACAUCCCUGCCCUCCCAUGCCAUCAUCAACAUAUCUGCCCUCCCAUGCCAUCAUCAACAUAUCUGCACUCCCAUGCCAUCAUCAACAUCCCUGCCCUCCCAUGCCAUCAUCAACAUAUCUGCCCUCCCAUGCCAUCAUCAACAUCCCUGCCCUCCCAUGCCAUCAUCAACGUAUCUGCCCUCCCAUGCCAUCAUCAACAUCCCUGCCCUCCCAUGCCAUCAUCAACAUCCCUGCCCUCCCAUGCCAUCAUCAACAUAUCUGCCCUCCCAUGCCAUCAUCAACAUCCCUGCCCUCCCAUGCCAUCAUCAACAUCCCUGCCCUCCCAUUCCAUCAUCAACAUGUCUGCCCUCCCAUGCCAUCAUCAACAUCCCUGCCCUCCCAUGCCAUCAUCAACAUAUCUGCCCUCCCAUGCCAUCAUCAACAUCCCUGCCCUCCCAUGCCAUCAUCAACAUAUCUGCCCUCCCAUGCCAUCAUCAACAUCCCUGCCCUCCCAUGCCAUCAUCAACAUAUCUGCCCUCCCAUGCCAUCAUCAACAUAUCUGCCCUCCCAUGCCAUCAUCAACAUCCCUGCCCUCCCAUGCCAUCAUCAACAUCCCUGCCCUCCCAUGCCAUCAUCAACAUAUCUGCCCUCCCAUGCCAUCAUCAACAUCCCUGCCCUCCCAUGCCAUCAUCAACAUCCCUGCCCUCCCAUGCCAUCAUCAACAUAUCUGCCCUCCCAUGCCAUCAUCAACAUCCCUGCCCUCCCAUGCCAUCAUCAACAUAUCUGCCCUCCCAUGCCAUCAUCAUAAACCCUGCCCUCCCAUGCCAUCAUCAACGUAUCUGCCCUCCCAUGCCAUCAUCAACAUCCCUGCCCUCCCAUGCCAUCAUCAACAUCCCUGCCCUCCCAUGCCAUCAUCAACAUAUCUGCCAUCCCAUGCCAUCAUCAACAUCCCUGCCCUCCCAUGCCAUCAUCAACAUAUCUGCCCUCCCAUGCCAUCAUCAACAUCCCUGCCCUCCCACGCCAUCAUCAACAUCCCUGCCCUCCCAUGCCAUCAUCAACAUGUCUGCCAUCCCAUGCCAUCAUCAACAUCUUUGCCAUCCCAUGCCAUCAUCAAAAUCCCUGCCCGCUCAUGCCAUCGUCGCCAUCUCUGCCCUUCCACGCCUCCAUCAAUCUCCAUGCCAUCCCAUGCCAUCAUCAUCCUCUCCACUCUCUGA